AUGGCGCAGGACACCUACUGGGGCUCCUUUGAGGAGAUCUCCAAGUACAAUGUGCAGCUCAACUACCUCGAGAAGAUGUGGAUGGCCUGGUACGCAUGGAUGGGCAACGAUGUCCUAGCGACAGGCAUCAUGUCCUUUGUCUUCCACGAGCUCUUCUACUUUGGACGCGCGCUUCCUUGGAUCAUCAUCGACUGCAUACCCUUCUUCAACCGAUACAAGCUCCAACACCAAAAAAUCCCCACCACUUGGGAACAAACACAAUGCGCCGCCCUCGUCCUCCUGUCCCACUUCACCGUCGAGCUUCCCCAGAUCUGGAUGUUCCACCCCAUGUGCCAAUACUUCGGCCUCCAGACCUCCGUUCCCUUCCCCAGCAUCUACAAGAUGGCCUACCAGAUUGCCAUCUUCUUCGUCUUCGAGGACGCAUGGCACUACUGGAUGCACCGCGCCAUGCACGCCAGCUCCUUCCUCUACAAGAACAUCCACAAGAUCCACCACCAAUACUCUGCUCCCUUCGGUCUGGCCGCCGAGUACGCCUCGCCCAUUGAAGUCAUGAUCCUCGGCUUCGGUACUGUCGGAGUCCCAAUCGUCUUCUGCGCCAUCACCAAGGACCUCCACAUCUUGACCAUGUACGCUUGGAUCUGCCUCCGUGUGUUCCAGGCCAUCGACGCGCACAGCGGCUACGAGUUCCCAUGGAGUCUGCACCACUUCCUGCCUUUCUGGGCCGGCGCUGAGCACCACGACGUUCACCACGAGAAGUUCAUUGGCAACUACGCCAGCAGCUUCAGGUGGUGGGACCUGCUCUUCGACACCGAGGCCGGUGCCGAGGCUUCCAAGAAGCGCCGCGAGCGCAAGAUGGCCGCUGCCAAGCUUAAGAAGGCCAACUGA